AUCUUACAAACAUCCAAUCAUUUUAUUUCCGAAGACGACGACGACAACAACAACAACGACGAUCACCCGGAAAAAUAAUUGAUAAUGAUGAUGAAUCGAACAUUGGCCAAUAGUUUUCAUGAACAAUUAGAUUCAAUAAAAUCAACUAGCCUACCACAGAUGAAACAUUUUAUACAAAAAAGAAUAGCUAAAUGUAAAAUUCCAACGAUUAAUCGUAUGAUGAAACGAUCAUUGAUUAUUGGUUAUUCAUCGAAAAAUAAUGUUGCCAAACAUAACGAAAGUGAUUAUGAAUUUGGUUGGGGUUCAGAUUUCGAUGAUGAUGAUGAUGAUCAGGAUUUUGUUGUCGAUGAUGAUAUUGUGAUGGAUGAUGAUGAACUCUCCGACCCAAAUCAGGAUGAUGAUUUACAAUUCAAUGAUGAAAAUGGUAAAGAAAAAAUUCAAAAUACAUCAUUAAGACAAACAAAACGACCAAUUUCGGAUCCACCACCACCACCUUUACCAAAAUGUCCACCUCCAGAUUUGAUUGAAGAAACAACUAUUCCAUCUAAUUCAGAUACAAAUUCCUAUGAAACAUUAUCGAUAACGACAACAAUAAUGGAUAAUUGUUUACCACGUAUUGAUAAAAAUGAUUAUCUAAUACCAAAUAUUUCAUCAUCAUCAUUAAAAUCAUUCGAUAAAAUUAAAUUAAAUUAUCGUUCUAGUCCAAAUAUUUCAUCAGUAACAGAUCGUCCAUUACCACCAAUACCAAAAUAUGAAUACAAUUUAAUGAAUGAUGAUGAUGAAAUGUUUAAAAAUUAUCAAUGGUUUCAAGAUAUUGAACGUGAUGAUGCAGAAAAUCUAUUAAUUCGUCAUUAUAAUAUUGAUGGUGCAUUUUUGGUACGAAAAAGUAAACGUGCCGGUAUCUGUAUGCCAUAUACAUUAACAUUAUAUUUUAAUCAUCGUAUAUUUCAUCUAAAUAUUCGUAUACGUUCCGAUCAACAAUAUGCAUUAGGAACGGAAAAAUUAAGAGAAAAAACAUUUCAAACGAUAGCCGAUCUGAUUGAACAUCAUUAUCAGGAACCAAUUUAUUUAACAUCAAGAGGAAUGAUUGCUGGUAAAACUACAUUGAUUUCGAUGCCAUUUGGUUACCAAUAAACAUCAUUCAUUCAUUCAUUCAUUCAAUUGAUCAUUUCCGUUGUAAACAUAAUAAUGAUUUCAUGUGAUAAUGACGACAAUCUUUUUU